CUUGCCGGCUCCGCUCCUCCUCAAAUAUUCUCGCCCGCCUCCUCAUUCCUCCCCAACCAUCUCAUUCCUUCCUUCCCCCACCCCACCUUCUUCCGAGCUCCUUGCUCCCCCCGGCGCGCAGCUCGCACCUUGCAAGGAACACCCGGCGGGUUAUUAGUUGCUAACUGAAGUGGUGGCCAGCUUCUGGCCCCUGCGGCGGCGUGCACGCCAUGGCUCAGGAGGACGUCCACCUGGACGACGCCGGGCUGGCCCUGGGCCUGUCCCUCGGCGGCGGCGCGGCCCCUGACGCGGCGCGGCGGCAGGGCGCUGGCGCCCGGCUGCCGCCGUCGCCGCGCGCGCUGGAGCCGUCGCUGACGCUGAGCAUGCCGGACGAGGCGACCGCGACGGGGUCCGCCGGCGGCGGGGCCGCGCACAGCGUGUCGUCGUCGCUGCCGGCGGCGGGCGUGAAGAGGGAGCGCGUGGAGGAGGCCGACGGCGAGCGGGCGUCGUCGACGGCGCGGGCCGAGGACGAUGACGACGGGAGCACGCGCAAGAAGCUGCGGCUGACCAAGGAGCAGUCCGCGCUCCUGGAGGACCGCUUCAAGGAGCACAGCACCCUCAACCCGAAGCAGAAAGUCGCGCUGGCGAAGCAACUGAACCUGCGGCCACGGCAGGUCGAGGUGUGGUUCCAGAACAGGCGAGCGAGCCGCGCGCGCAGGACGAAGCUGAAGCAGACGGAGGUGGACUGCGAGUUCCUCAAGCGCUGCUGCGAGUCGCUCACCGAGGAGAACCGCCGCCUGCAGCGGGAGCUGCAGGAGCUCCGCGCGCUCAAGUUCGCCGCCCCGCCGGGGCCGGCGGCGCCGGCGCCGGCGCCGUUGUACAUGCAGCUGCCGGCCGCCACGCUGACGCUCUGCCCGUCCUGCGAGCGCCUGGGCGGGCCCGCCGCCGCGGCCAAGGCCGACCCCGACCGCCCCAAGGCGGCGCCGGCGCACCACUUCUUCAACCCCUUCACCCACUCCGCCGCCUGCUGAUCAUCUAAUCUGCACGCGCAUGCAUGGUGACCACCAGCAGCAGCAACACAGAGCAGAAAAGCACCACCCGCCGCCACUGCAGCUAGCUAAUACCACCACGUACACGCCAUCCAAUCCACCUCGCGUACGCCACAAGUAACAUGAUGAUGAUCCAUCGAUCUCCAUCCUCCCCUCUAGCUAUUUUCUUGAUCCGGGGGAGAUUAAGCUAGCUAGUAAUUAUUGUUCCCAUCCUCAGCUAAUCCAACCAAUCAUAGGCUUUAUUUGACACAUAGGGGUAGUCAAAAUAGCCGUAGCUUCCUCGAUCCAUCCAUGUAUAUUUUUGUGCAUGCAUGCUGUAAUUCCGUCCCUCUCUCGAUCGGCCCUGGUGCCUGCUCCCUUUUCCACAGGACCACUCUUCGGUUUUUCUUUCAUUCACAGGUUGUACGUAUUCAUCUACUGUCAUCGAUCAGAGGGCAGUUAAGGACGUAACUAGUACUAGUUCUAUUGUCAUCACUGCACAAAUCGACCAUUAGACUGAGAUGCUUCUAGGCCAUCUCCUUCCUAUUUUUAUACAUGUACAUAUAUACUGAUGGUACGAGAGCGUCAGGCACAGUUGUUGGAUGAUGA